AUGAAUUUGAUCAACGUUGACAUCCUCGACCACCACCAUUAUCACCUCCAACAAAUAUGCUCGCCCGAAUGCGGUCAUUCAAUUACAUUUCGAAGUUGGGAUCGACAACAACUGGACGACCCGAUUCGCUGCGUAAACGGAAGGGUUAAGUUAGCGUCGUCCCUUGGACUCGAUUCACGCACCUCAAAUUCCGCUGACGAUGGGUCUGGCAUGUCUAUUGAAGGAAGGAAUGUUUGGGGGAGGGUUAAAUUUCAAGGCCAGUGCUGUACCCCAGCCCUCCUCUCGCUGACGACUUGUCUCGCCGGUCAUCCAGUGCCGCUCAAGUCUCUUGCUGACGCAUACGGUCACCGUCCAUAA